AUGGCACAGAUUCGUGCUUGCCUUGUUUUGGCUCUGGCCACCAGCGCCUUCGCUGGAUUUGUCAACGGGGGAUACGGUCUUGGUUACGGCUAUGGCCUCGGAUACGGUCACGGCCUCGGCUACGGUCACGGCCUCGCCUACGGUCACGGUCUCGGCUUCGCUGCUGUCGCUCGCACUGUCUCCUACGCUGCUCCAGCCGUCACCAAGGUUGCCGCCUUCCACGCUGCUCCAGCCGUCGCCACUUACGCCGCUGCCCCGGCUGUGACCAGGGUUGCCACCUACGCUGCCGCCCCAGUCGCCACGGUUGCUCGCACCGUCGCCACCUAUGCCGCUCCAGCCGUAACCAAGGUUGCCACCGUUCACGCUGCUCCAGCUGUCGCCACCUACGCCGCUGCCCCAGUCGCCACCUAUGCUGCUGCUCCAGUUGCCACCUAUGCCGCUGCUCCAGCCGUCACCCGCACUUUCGCCACUUACGCCGCUGCUCCAGCCGUCGCCACCUAUGCCGCUCCAGCCGUCACCAAGGUUGCCACCGUUCACGCUGCUCCAGCCGUCGCCACCUACGCCGCUGCUCCAGCCGUCACCCGCACUUUCGCCACUUACGCCGCUGCUCCAGCCGUGACCAGGGUCGCCUCCUACGCCGCUGCCCCCGUCGCCACCUAUUCUGCCGCUCCAGUCGUCACCCGCACUGUGGCAACCUCUCACGUCGCUGCUCCAGUUGUCGCCGCCUACCACGCUGCCCCAGCUGUGACGACCGUUGCUCACGCUCCAGCUGUUGCCACCGUUGCUCACGCCCCAGCUCUCGGCUACGGCUACGGAGUUGGACACCUCGGCUACGGUCUUGGCCACUACGGCUAUGGACACGGUCUCGCCAGCUACGGCCUCAACUACGGUUAUGGCCUUGGCACCUUCGGCGACUACACCACCCUUCUCCGCAAGAAGAAGUAAACUGCAAGAACGACAGCACCUCCAAAUCGUCUAGGAGCCUGACGGGCAGGGUCCCAUGGCUAUUAUGUUUUAAUAAAAUUAAUUUAAGUUACA